AUGAAGUGCUUUGAUGAAUUUAUUACUAAGGCUGAGUUGGUGGAUUUACCGUUAGUAGGGAGAAAAUAUACAUGGUACAGAACAGAUGGAAAGUGUAUGAGCAGAUUAGACAAAUUCUUAGUUUCAAAUGCUUGGUUGUCUCAUUGGCCACAUACAACGCAAUGUGGCCUUAGUAUAGGUUUGUCAGAUCAUUUUGCUAUUUUGUUGAAAAAUGAAGAUAUCAAUUGGGGUCCAAAGCCUUUUAGAGUUCUUGAUUGCUGGAGGGGUGAUGCGAGGUACGUCGUAUUUGUGAGAUCCCAAUGGAAGGAAUUAAAUGUGGAGGGGAGAGCUGCAUUUGUACUAAAGGAGAAACUCAAGCUCUUAAAAUGUAGAUUGCAUCGGUGGAAUCAAGAGACAUUUGGUUGUUUAGACAGGAAAAUAAAUGAGGCUCGGAAUAUUGUUAACAUGCUGGAUCUUAAGAGUGAAGAUUCUAAUCUACAAGAAGUUGAAGUUGUGCAAAGAAAGGAGUGGAGAGCUCAGUUGUGUGCAUCAUUGACUCUUAAGGAUAAUCUGUUGUUUCAAAAGUCGUGUCUUAAUUGGUUGCAAGCAGGAGAUGCUAACUCAAAAUUUUUCCAUGCCUGUAUCAAUCGUAGAAGACCUCGACUUCAAGGUACCAACUUUAAAACAUUGUCAGAAGAAGAUGCUGCAACCUUAAUCUUGCCAUUUUCUGAUGAAGAAGUUAAGAUUGCAGUGUGGGAUUAUGAAGGAUCCAAAAGUCCAAGACCUGAUGGAUUUAAUUUCACUUUUAUCAAGGAUUUUUGGGAUGAUACUAAAGCUGAUUUUUUGGCUUUUUUACACGAGUUUCAUGCUAAUGGGAAAUUAGUUAAAGGCUCCAAUAGCUCUUUUGUGGUUCUUGUACCUAAAACUGAUAAUCCUCAAAAAGUGGAGGAAUACCGACCUAUUUCCUUAAUUGGAUGUAUGUAUAAGGUGUUAGCGAAAGUACUGGCAAACAGAAUGAAGAAAGUCAUUGGGAAAGUUAUUUCUGAGAGUCAAUCAACAUUUUUGAAAGGACGACUAACUCUUGAUAGUGUCUUGAUUGCCAAUAAAAUUCUAGAAGAGGCAAAAAGAAAGAAAAAACAAUGCUUGCUGUUGAAGGUUGAUUUUGAGAAGGCUUAUGAUUCUGUCAAUUGGGAGUAUAUUUUGUUUGUUAUGGAAAAAAUGAGGUUUCCAAUUUUGUGGAGGAGGUGGAUAGCAGAGUGUUUAGCCACUGCUAGAGUGUCUGUUCUUGUGAAUGGAAGUCCAUCUAGUGAAUUUGGAGUUGGUAGAGGGUUGAGAUAA